GUGACGCUGCUGAAAUUUCUGCCGUUGCUCAAAGGCAUUGGAAAACGCUGCCUAAAGCUAAACGAUACCGCGAAAAAAAGAAAAAAGAACUCAUUAAUUCGCAGGAAUUAAUUGAAUCACUUGAGGAACAACAUCGGCGAUUAAUUGUGGAAAAUACUUCUCAGUCUGACAAAAUACAGAACUUGGAAGCAGAACAAGAAUCACUUAAAGAACAAAUUCGGCAAUUAAAAUUAAAUAAUCUACCUUAUAAUACAGCCUUUACUAUUAAUGGAAAUACACCUCUUUCUGUUCCACCGAAUCAAGAGAUUAGCAUUUCGUCGUCGUCGAAUCAAGAACUUAACAAUUCACCUUAUACAUGUAAUACUACUAAUGGAAACACGCCUCUUACUUUUAAUCGAAACCUAAAGACAUCACUAUCGUUAUCAUCUGUUCCACCGAAUCAAGAUAUUGAUGAGAUUAUCACUUUCUCGUUUAAUCAAGAACUAAGCAAUUCACCUUAUAAUAGGAACACACCUUUUUCACUUGAUCAAAAUCUAAGUGAUCUAUUCUUUUGUGUUCCUCCACCGAAUCAAGAUAUUAGCGAGAUUAAUACUUCGUCUAAUCAAGAGCCACCUUAUACAGAUUUAUAUUAA